AUGCAGUUUACAAGAAGAAGAUUCCCACCACGAGAAGCUCUAGAGAUGCCGGCAGCAGAACUGAACCGAACCGGUCGGAGAAAUCACGGGUCGAGUCUAAGGACCAGGCUGGCUUGCACGUGUUCAGGUCGGCCUGGCUCGGCUCGGUGCGUUCGGCACGGUUAUAUUGUUCCCAGCAGAGAGAAGCUGAUAAGGAGAGCAAGUGACGGAAACAGAGAAAUAUUAAAGAGAGCCUUGAUGCCGUCUAGCCAUCAUCGGAUGAGUCACCGGCGGUGGAAUUUCCGGCCAACUCCAAGCCGACUCUGUAAUAUGUCUUCUACUUGAUCUAUCUCUAUUUUCUUUUCUUGAAAAAUCAUUCUCGGUUUUGCUCAAAAUUACCAUACAAAACCUUUUUUACUUCAUGUUAUCAAGUAUAAAUUUUUGGAUGGUUUGAUGUAUCGGGAAGACUUUUUUUAUUUCCAGAUCCAAUCAGAUAACAAUAUGAUCUGUUUAAUGAAGUUAAGUAUUUAAGUAUUUAAUAAAAAUGUUUAUGUUGUUCAGGCU